AUGUUUUGUGCCUCCUCCACCCGCUCGAUACUCACUCGUCGACCAAUACCGUCAUCCACGCCUAUCUUCUCUCGUGCACGAAACAAUCUUGCACCAAGACAGGUGAAGCAUUCGAAGCGCCACAAGGGUCGUGUACCAAUUCCUAUCGGCGGCUCGACGAGAGGGACGACCCUCGCAUAUGGCGACUGGGGUCUCCGAAUCAAAGGCAACGGUGUACGGCUCAGCGCAAAGCAGCUAGAAGUUGUAGACGAUACCAUAAAGAAAAAGCUCAAGGUCCUCAAAGGCGUGAAAGUCUACCUACGCGUUUUCCCCGACAUUCCUGUUUGCAUCAAGGGAAACGAAACUCGAAUGGGUAAGGGCAAGGGAACUUUUGAAUUCUGGGCAACGAGGCAAGUCCGAUAUUUACUCGCCUUUCACCCACCUGAUCCUCGUCGGUCAGGGUUCCUGUCGGCAGGGUCAUCGUUGAAAUUGGCGGGAUUCCUAUUCGCGAAGAGUUGGCCAGAGAAGGUAUCCUUGCGACUUGCUGCAGCCAAACUGCCGACGAAAAUGGAGUUCAUUAGUCGAUUGACCCCACCUCGUCUUGGCAACCUCAUUCUUCCUCCGAAACCAUCCCAGUCAGAGCGAGAAGUUCUAGCACCUGACCCAUAA